AUCUCUUCAACGUGAAUAUGUUUUGCUUUCACUUGUCUAAGUAGAAAACUGAAUGGAUCGUAACUCGUAAGUUAUAGUUUGAGAAAACUACGAAGAAAACCGGGAAGGGUUUAACAAAUACAACAAGGCGAAAAUGAUGAACAGGAAGUGUAGCGUAUGACAACAACGUCUCCAUCCCUCCUUCCGUCGCUGGUAAUAAAUCAAAUGUGUUGCGCCGCUACGCGUCGAAAUGGAAGACGAUGAGCGGCUGCGGCCCUUCGUGUUUCUCAUGACGUACAUGCUGCUAAAGCGCCGCAGGGACGUCAACAACGCGGACGUACAGCGGCGCAAUGAGAUCCAAAGACGCCUGAGACAGCGACAGUACUUCUUCCAGAGGCAGAGAAGAAUGAUGAUGAUGAUGAUAGCAGGGGGCAUUCGCUCCAACUCUCAUAUCCGCACCCGCCCUUGGACCACCGUCCCCAGCACGGACUGGUGGGAGCGAGUUGUGAUGACGGAAUUCCAGCCCUCCGACUGGCUGGACAAGUUCCGGAUGAGCCGGGAGACCUUCUUCUAUAUUUGCGACAAGCUGCGUUCCCGCCUGACGCGUCAGGACACCAGCUUCCGUUUGGCGCUGCCUGUGGAGAAACGCGUGGCGGUAGCGCUGUGGCGCCUGGCAUCCAACGUGGAGUACCGCACCAUCAGCGCUCUGUUUGGAGUGGGCAAGUCCACCGUGUGCAAGUGCGUGCGGGACAUGUGUCACAGCAUCGUGGCGCUGCUCCGCGCCGACUACCUGCGGCCUCCCGCCGAGCCCGAGCUGGAAGAGUCGGCGCGCUUAUUCCUCUCCCAGUGGGGCUUCCCGCAUUGUGUGGCCGCCGUGGCCACGUUGCACACAGCAAUCAUCACGCCGUCAAGCAACGCGUCCGACUACAUCAAUCCCGCUGGCUGGCUCUCAGUUAUGUCUCAGGUGACAGUGAACGGUCGCGGACAGAUCUGGGACAUGUGCGCCUGUUUCCCCGGUGGGAUCGAGCCGGCGGAGAUCUUGCAUAAGUCGGCGCUGUGGACCACGGCAGCAGAGGGCGGAUUGUCACCGGUGCCGCCGUCUUGCUUCAUGGGAAGACAACUCAACUACGUACUGCUGGGUGAGCCUUGCUUCCCGCUCCAGAGCUGGCUGCUGAAGGCCUACCCAGAGAAGCGGGCCACACGAACCCGCCCGGCAACGCUGAGCGAGCGGCAAAACCUCUUCAACCGUCGGCUGCGACGUGCCCGUCGCGUGGCCCAGGAAGCGCUGCUGCGGCUCAAGGCGCGCUGGCAGUGCCUGAGCAAACGCAACGACUGCGGCCUGGACGUGAUGCCCGCUAUGAUCCGGGCGUGCUGCAUUUUGCAUAACGUGUGCGAGUCGCACGGCGACGCCUUCAACGGCGAGUGGCUGGCCCAGGUGGCCGAGGCCGAGAGCCCGCAGCCCGUCUACGCCGAGGCUGACACGGACUGCAGUCAGGACGAGGAGGUGCGCCAGCUCUUCUGUGACUAUUUUCAACAGAAUGACUGACUCGAAUGGACUCCUACAGAACGUGCACAUAUUUUGUAUUUGUAUUGUUUCCUAUUAUGUGUUGCCCACUCUGCAUCCAUUGCAGCCUGGAAGGGGGAUCCUCCCAUCUGUGGUCCCUUCUGAAGGUUUCUCAUUUUUCCUCAGUCUAACGGCGAUGUCGAGAAUAAUUGACAACUGUGGGCAUGUGAAGGAUUUUAUUGUGAUUAAGGGCUAUAUAAAUAAAUUUGACUUGACUUCCCUCAUCA